AUGGCCAAUACCCAACAGCAAACCCCGAAACCACCAGGCCCAAAGCGAGCCCGCGAUCAUGCGACUAUCACCUCAAAUAAAUGGACAGAUCAUGAAAAUCUGCUCUUCCAACUCUAUGUCACCGAAAAGAAGUCUUACAAAGAGGUUCGUCGGAUAAUGAACGAAAAAUGCAAAUGGUCAGCUAGAGGAACGGGAACGAAAAGCAGUCAUAAAACAUAUCCAACGGCGAAGGGAGAAAAGGAAGGAAAGCUAUGUCCGUAUCAGGAAGCAUCAGAUUAG